AUGGCGUCCCUGGCCGGAGCUGUCCAACUCCUGGUGAUCACGCAGCUGGUCGUCUCCGCGCUGAGGCUCUUCCUAACAAUGGAGGCAUGUAGUUGCUUUUGCUUUGCAGAUCCGAUCCUCCACAUCAAUCCACGUCCUUAUUCCCCCCGCCGAUGCCGCGGACCGCUGCGGUAUAUCAACACUCACCGUGGAACACUUAAACUCAAUAAUCUCGAAGCCUUAUUAGUCGUCGAGUUGCAGCAGCGACGUGCAAGGUAUGAAGUUGAUGGCAACAUCUCCAAGGCUUCCGAUUCCAGGUGCAUGGGACAUGAUGUGCUCGAGCAUAUACUUGAUGGCACAGAGGAGCCGACGAAUCUACCGUUCGAGCUUCUGAAGAACAUCACCAGAAAUUUCUCCGAAGAGAGAGAAAUCGGUCAUGGUGGAUUUGGAAUGGUUUACAAGGGUGUGCUCCGAAAUGGGAUUGUUGCUGUGAAGAGGAUUUUCAGCCACCACACAAUCAAUGAAACGUUAUUUUAUCGUGAAGUUAACAGUCUAUUGAAUGUUAACCAUGAAAAUGUAGUCCGAUUUCUUGGAUACUGUGCUUGUACCGAGGAAAAGGCAAUGCGAAUUGAAGGAGUAAGAGAAUAUAUUUACGCCGAGAUAAGAGAAAGACUGCUCUGUUUUGAGUAUAUUGGCAACGGGAGCCUUCGUGAAUAUAUUACUGACGAGUUAAGGGGGCUUGAAUGGAAUACACGCUAUCAGAUAAUAAAACAAAUUUGUCAUGGUUUGCAUUACCUACACAUGGAAAAUCAUAUUCUUCACAUGGAUUUGAAACCUGACAAUAUACUUCUAGAUAAAGACAUGGUGGCAAAAAUCUCGGACUUUGGAUUAUCAAGACUGGAUGAAAAAUCACAAACAAUGGACGCAAAACGUUGUGUAACAUUAGGAUAUUGCUCUCCGGAAUACCUACUUGGUGGUAAGAUGUCAGUCAAAUCAGACAUGUAUAGCUUGGGUGUAAUAAUCAUUGAACUGGUGACAGGAUAUAAAGAUAUCCCCGACAACAAUAAUGUAAGAAUAGUCUUAUCUGAUGGUCCCUUUCUUGAAGUUGGCUAG